AUGAGCUUGGCAGACUCCUAUGUCGUUCACACGAAGAUCUAUCCACGCUAUCAGUCCAGGAAGAAUGUUGCCUUUGCACGAGAUGCAUUCAGCAAUUGGUUAACGCCUCAUGAGUCUGAUAACACCGACGUCAUCUUGAUCGGCCACAGUCUGGGAGGAAUACUGGCAGCAGAAGUAGUACUACUUCCAUCAAAUCGCCCUGGAAGCAUGCACCCAGGCGUUGUUAGCACAGGUAUUGCAAGCUUGUUCAGAAGUACUCCUGGUCCUCCUGAGUCUCCUGCUCCUACAUCGGAUAGCAAUUCUGCUGGGCUGUCAACAAACCCCUUUGAGUUUGAAUCAUCGGAUCCAAACUACAACCCUGCUUUCCCUAAUGAUGUCAGAUUGCCUGUUCGGGCCACCAAGCUAGAUCAAGCUUUCUACUUUCUAAAUAAACAUUAUGGGGACUGGAGGAAGGCCACCACUUCUUAUAUCAAAUCACAUCUGGAAUUUGGAGGCUGCUUGGCAGACUAUGAGGGUCUAAAGAAGCGUUAUCGUUCAUUCCGACCGUUGGAAGAUGUUGAUGACCUGAGCAGCACGAAAUCCCCUAGUGGUAAAUUGAUCCCGAGAGUACGAUUUGUCAACUACUAUACAGCCAGUACUGGUCGUAUCAAACCACAGCCGAAUCCAAUAGACGACAAAGUUCUAGUGGCAGAAACAGAAAUGGCCGAAAUGAAAUCCUCAAAGAGCCGUUUGAUGAACCCACCCAGCCCUCAAUCUAAUACUCCACGUGUAUCUCUUCAGGAGCAUCGGGACAGUGAGAUUGUAAGCAAGAGGCUGGAAGACUUCCAUCUCGAACACCCCGACCAAGAGGACGAGGAUGUCCAAAUGCAGCACCUAGAACCACAAGCAGAGCCGCCAUCUCCUGUACUGGUUGCUGAUGAACCCACCAGUCCGAUCCCUAGUGAAUUUCCAACUACAUCCAAUGCAGAGACCGCCUCAAUCACACCAUCCACGAUUUCUAGCCUACCACUACCUCCACUAGCAGAUCCACCCGUCUUACCUACCCCCUUCGAUCCGACUCCCUACACCUCCGCAGACCAGGCCACGCUCAAGCUCGCUCGCAAAGAGCACGAACGUCAGAUGAAGGCAUACGAACGCUCUAAGAAGGACUAUGAGAAAUCCGUUCGCGACCGCGAGAAACACAUCGCCAAGCUCGAAAAGGCAAGGCAAAAGCAAGAGGAGAAAGAGACUGCAGGUCUCUCCGCACACGAGAAGAGCGAACGUGAGCGUCUAACGAAAGAGGCCGAGAGAAUGCAAAAAGAAAAAGAGCGCAUGGAAAAAGGUUCUGAAAAGGAAGACCCCAAACGUGCUGCAACACUCAACCAAGGCGCCUACGACGCUGCCCUAUCUCGACAGCAAAUGGAACAAGAAGACGCCAACUUUGCUCGCGAGGAGAAAUUGAAAGCGAUGAAAUUACCCGUGCCGCCGAAAUCACAGAAGAAGCAGAAGGACAGGAAAUUCUGCACUUUGCCGUCUAAGGAUUCAAAGACUGGAAGGAGAGACCCGACGUGGAUCAGGGUAUAUAUGGAGAACAUGGAUGAGGUCGUCGCGCAUACUUCGUUGUUCUUUGUGAGUGAGACGUAUGCUAAAUUGGUUGGCGAUACUGCGGAGCGCAUUGAGGAAUGGGUGCGGGAUGCUGCCAAUAUUCGGGCUGUGAGGGAGGCACAGGAUUGGGAAUGA